AUGGCAAUCCCAGCAAACUGUACAGUCCUGGUGGUAGGAGGUGGCCCAGCAGGAUCAUAUACAGCCUCUGUGCUGGCCCGCGAGGGUAUUGACACCGUCCUGCUCGAAUCCGAGGCUUUUCCCCGGUACCAUAUUGGAGAGAGCCUGUUACCAUCAUCGCGCUACUUCCUGGAUUUCAUCGACCUCUACGACAAGUUUAACAACCAUGGGUUUGUGCAGAAAACCGGGGCCGCAUUUAAGUUUGUGCCAGAUGCGCGAGUGGACGAAUAUACGGAUUUCCUGGCCGCGGGAGGUGCCGGCAACCAUGCGUGGAACGUCAUUCGGGCCGAAGCCGACGAUCUUCUCUUCCGACAUGCAGGUGACAGCGGAGCAAAGGCCUUCGACGGAGUGAAGGUGACAGAGAUUCAAUUUGCCGCCUCUCCCGACGAGCCUGGACGGCCGAUCUCCGCGUCAUGGGCACGCAAAGGUGGCAGCACGGGGGAUAUCGCCUUCGAGUAUCUCGUGGACGCAUCCGGACGGGCAGGCCUGGUCAGCACCCAGUAUAUGAAGAAUCGCCAUUUCAACCCAGGUCUCAAGAAUGUUGCAACAUGGGGCUACUGGACGGGCAUACGUACGUAUGAGAAAGGCACGCCGCGGGAGAACGCACCCUACUUCGAGGGCCUAACCGAUGGCAGCGGGUGGGUCUGGUACAUCCCCCUGCACGAUGGAACUACGUCCGUGGGAGUGGUCUUGCAGCAAGCCCAAGCCUCUGUCAAACGAAAGGGCAUGGGUCACGCCGACUUCUACCACGCCACCCUCCAGGAGGCCCCUAACGUCGCCCGCCUGAUGGAUGGGGCCCAGCUCCAGUCGGGUUUGAAGUCCGCCUCCGACUGGUCCUACCAUGCCUCGACCUAUGCCGGCCCCUUUCUCCGCAUCAUCGGCGACGCAGGGUGCUUCAUCGAUCCUCUCUUCUCGUCCGGGGUCCACUUGGCUAUGGCUACGGGUCUGUCCGCCGCUGUGACGAUCUGCGCGGCGCAUCGGGGAGACUGUAGUGAAGAGGCCGCAGGCAGCUGGCACACCAAGAAGGUGACAGAAAGCUAUACCCGGUUCCUGUUGGUGGUCACUAGCGCCUUGGAGCAGAUCUAUGGUCGGGAUCGGCACAUCCUUAAUGAGCUGGAAGAGAUGGACUUUGGGCGGGCCUUUGCCCACUUCAGACCGAUUAUCCAAGGUACCAUCGAUGCAGGGGGGAAGCUGAGCCGAAGCAAGGCCGCCCAGUCCGUCGACUUCUGUGUGCAGGUCCUACAGAAGGUGCUGGCCUCCACGGCCGAGAAUGGGGCGACACGAAAGGGGGAACCGGACACGGGGGCACUGGGACUGAUCCGGCCAGACGACCGCAGCCGAGAGCCGGUGCGCAAAAUCAUGCAGAUGCAUCGCGUGCUGGACCUGAGCCACUUCACCACGGACGUCAUCGAUGGGAUGGCCUCGAAUGUGCAGCGGGGGGAUCUGGGCCUGGUCCGGGCGAUAGACAAGUAGUAAGUAGUAAGUUCUGAGGUGUUAUCCUCUGCUUCCUGGACGUAGCCUAGCUAGCCUAGCUAGCACCAAGCAUUCCACUCCUCUCCUGGAUUCUCUGCUCCCUGACUCCACGUAGAUAGGUAGUGGUUAUAGCAGGAUAG